AUGUCAUCCAACCAAACAUCUCAGAAUGACUUGGGCUGCACCGGCUUCAAUUACAACCCGAACGCCGUCCCGAUUCUCUACUUCCUGAUGUUCCCUGUCGCUCUGUUGCUGAACGGCGCGGCAGCCUGGGUGUCUCUGCACCUCAAGUCCACCACCACCUUCGUGUUGUACCUGAAAAACCUCGUAGCCGCUGAUAUCAUCAUGACCCUGAUCCUCCCGCUCAAAGGCGCGGGUGACCUGGAGAACGUAUCGAAAACAACUUACGUCAUUAACUGUUAUGUCAGUCCCAUUUUCUACAGCACACUGUACACAUGUAUCACUCUGCUGGGUGUGAUAAGUCUGGACCGCUUCUUCAAGAUCAUGACACCCCAGAGCAAGAUGUUUGGUAAUCUGACCUUCGGCAAAGUGGUGUCAUGCUCAGUCUGGGUGAUACACUUAGGAAGCACGGCUUUACCAAAUAUCAUCUUAACUAACGGAUCAGUAGACAAUCUGACAACUAUCAGCACAUGUAUGAAGCUGAAAGGACCGGCCGGACUUGACUUCCACGAGAGCGUCGUGAUUUACCUGAAUGUGUUCUUCUGGCUUGUCAGUGUGGUCGUUGCGGUUUGCUAUAUUUGCAUUACACACAAGGUGAUCCAGUCUUUUAGAAACUCCGGCAGCAACAACAACCAGGGAAAGCAGAAGAUCAAGCUGCGUGUUUUUCUCGUUGUCAUUGUGUUCUUUGUGUCAUUCGGACCGUACCACAUAGUCAGGAUCCCGUACACCUUUCAACAAGUCGUCUUCUCGUCCCACGACAGCUGCCGCUACAUAAUAAGCAGGCUGGCCAAGGAAGUCAGCCUCUGGUUCGCUACCACAAACAUCUGUAUGAACCCGCUUCUGUACGUCUUUCUGUGCAGGGAGUUCAAGGAGAAGCUGACGUUAAUGAUGCAAAACGGGCCCAUGUCAUUCUUUGCAGUCUCGACAGAGAAAGUAGUACAUUCAAGUACAUAAGAACACUUAAGUACAGGUAUGUGUACUUUAAUUGAGUAUUUCCAUUACUUAAAUUUCAUAUUUCAACUCCAACUCCUAAAUUUCAGAGACAAAUAUGGUACUUUUUUUUACAUUGCUCUGACGGUAGCCAUGUUUCCAUAAAAUGUCAAGUGAAUUUUAAGCAAACAUUAGCAUUGCUAAUGCCAGCUAGAAAACGUUAAUAUCGCUGUUGCUCACUAGCAUGACCUAGAAGCUACUGAAAAAUCAUGAAAAAUAGUGGUUCCACUAAAAUCUAAUAAAAAAGAGGUGUGUCUCAUUCAACCAGUAUUGGAAGACAUCUCGGUAUUGACUUUGAGUCGAUGGGUCAAACGACCUGGAAGCUAUUGACAAAUGUUUUUGCGAUCAUUUCAUGAAAACAGACGCUGACAAAACACAGAUACCAUGUGAUACCGACAGCGUUAUACUAUUAGCUAACAGACCUUGUAAGAAGCUGGA